UGGCAUAAGUGUGCCAGAAUUAUAGGCAUCUAGAAUAGAAAGAGGAAAACAAUAAAAAAAUCCUUCGCUUUGCAUUUUCUCAGCCUACUCCAAAACAAGCUGAAGGAAUUUUGUGAUCCAAAUCAUUUGAAUGCCUUGCAACUCAUUCUAUAAAACCUCUAUUCAAACAUUAAAUUUAAAAAAUCAGUAAAAGAGGUGAUUGAGAAACGAAAAUGGCAGCAUACCCGCCAGCGCCUGCUUCAUUCUAUCACCAUGCAUUUCCUCCGGAGCAGCAAUUUCACCCGCCUCCAUACUACGCCCCUCAUCCGCAACCGCAGCCACACUAUACACACUAUGUGCAGCCGCAGCCGCAGCCGCUGUCGCUGCCACAGCCAUACCACGACCAAGUUCGAACCCUCUUCAUUGCGGGUCUUCCCCACGAUGUCAAGUACCGAGAAGUUUAUAAUCUAUUUCACGAAUUCCCUGGUUAUCAGUCUUGUCAGCUCAAGCAAUCAGGGAAAGGAUCGCUGGUAUAUGCAUUUUCAGUCUUUGCAGACCAGCAGUCCGCCUUAGCUGCAAUGCAUGCUUUAAAUGGUAUGGACUUUGAUCCAGAGACGGGGUGUAUUUUGCACAUUGAGCUUGCGAAAGCUAAUUCACGGACAAAACGGUCACGUACAGAUGAUGGAGGCUCCAGCUCCUUUGACAAAAGAAAAAGAGGACCAAAUAGUAAUUUCGGAGUCUCUCAUAAUGCUGGAGUUGGCGGCACUAUGCACUUGCCUGGAAUGGCAAAUUCCAGUUACAGCGACACGAGUGGGUUGCCAUCCACACAGAGUGGUGGGAUAAUGGAUGCUCCUGGUAAUGUUCAAGAUGGCAUCCCUGCCUUGUCUACAGCACAUUCAACAGCAUCAACUUCUGCAACUGGUGGCAAUCCCCCUUGUCCAACUCUUUUCAUAGCUAAUCUUGGGCCAACAUGCUCUGAGGAUGAGUUGACUCAAGUGCUUUCAAGAUGCGCAGGAUUCCUCAAGCUGAAGAUGCAAAUUAGAGGUGGACUGCCAGUUGCAUUUGUUGACUUCCAGGACACUGCUUGCUCAACACAAGCUUUAAAUCAACUCCAGAAUGCUACAUUAUACUCAUCUGAUCGUGCUGGCAUGCGAGUCGAAUAUGCCAAAGCAAGGAUGGGGCUUCCAAAACGUGAGAGGAGAGGUUAGGGUUAUGUUUAGUGAAGAGAUGAAACAGUGGGGCUGCACGAAGAUUCCAACACUUGCGUUUGAUGAACUAGUAAAUUUACAUGGUUCCCUUUCGGUUACGGAAGCAUGAUAUGUUUAUUGGAGGGAAUGAAUGUGCCCCUACUAUUGUAAAGGCCAAUGAUAUUUUUUUGGUUCUACUUUCAUGUUUAUUGCUUUUCUAGCUUUGAUCAUAUUUAUUGUUUUAAUAUAUCAUAUUUUUUCCUUUGCUUUUUAAUCAAAAUGAAGGGAAAUGCUUUUUUGGGUUUGGGGAGGAGCAUGCCAAAUUGGGGAAGUUGGCUGACAAGAUGCAUGCACACUACUAGCUUUUAAGGUCAGUCAGUACGAACAAAAUAAAAUUAUUUGAAUGAUUUAAUUUUU